UGGGUAGAUGUGUUGCUCUGUUGUCCCAAGCCAUGAGAUAGGGACCAACCCUCCUUCCUCCAACCUCCCUGGCUCGAGUGAAACUGCAUCCUGAGGUUGGAGUACUGGGAGCCUUUGGCUUCCUGCCAUGCCGUGUCAAGAUGGAAAUUGGCACAUGUGCUUCAUGCUGUGAAGUGGAAUGCCAUGGCCAGUUCCUCGGACAGUGAAGAUGACGGUUUCAUGGCUGUGGAUCCAGAAGACGCUGUGGUCGAAGGGACAAUGGAGCAAGAUGAUGAGCCUCAUGCUGAGCUGGAGGUCGAGGAGACCAGGCAUAACAGAUCAAUGUUGGAGCUCCCAGAAGAGGUUUUGGAAUAUAUCCUCUCCUUCCUUUCGCCCUAUCAGGAGCACAAAACCGCUGCCCUUGUCUGCAAACAGUGGUAUCGACUAAUCAAAGGUGUGGCCCAUCAGUGUUAUCACGGCUUUAUCAAAGCAGUGCAAGAAGGAAAUAUUCAGUGGGAGAGUCGCACUUACCCCUACCCUGGCACCCCCAUCACGCAACGCUUCUCGCACAGUGCGUGUUACUAUGACGCUAACCAGUCGAUGUACGUGUUUGGUGGCUGCACACAGAGCAGUUGUAAUGCUGCCUUCAACGACCUCUGGAGACUUGACCUGAAUAGCAAGGAGUGGAUCCGGCCCCUGGCAUCAGGUUCAUAUCCCUCGCCCAAGGCUGGGGCCACGCUGGUGGUCUACAAGGACUUGCUUGUGCUUUUCGGUGGGUGGACGCGGCCAAGCCCUUACCCUCUGCACCAGCCAGAGAGGUUCUUCGAUGAAAUCCAUACAUACUCACCCUCCAAAAACUGGUGGAACUGCAUCGUGACCACCCAUGGCCCCCCUCCCAUGGCAGGACACUCCUCCUGUGUCAUCGAAGACAAAAUGAUCGUCUUUGGGGGUUCACUAGGAUCUCGACAAAUGAGCAAUGAUGUCUGGGUGCUGGAUCUCGAGCAGUGGGCUUGGUCUAAGCCCAACAUCUCUGGGCCCAGCCCUCACCCACGAGGUGGCCAGUCUCAGAUCGUAAUAGACAACGAAACCAUUUUAAUCCUCGGUGGCUGUGGUGGUCCCAAUGCACUGUUUAAAGAUGCCUGGCUACUGCACAUGCAUACAAACCCCUGGACGUGGCAGCCACUCAAGGUGGAGAAUGAAGACCACGGAGCCCCAGAGCUGUGGUGCCAUCCUGCCUGCAGGGUGGGACAGUGUGUCGUGGUCUUUAGCCAAGCUCCCAGUGGGAGAGCCCCGCUGAGUCCCAGCCUGAACUCUCGCCCCUCUCCCAUCAGUGCCACGCCACCCGCCCUGGUCCCCGAAACACGGGAAUACCGCUCUCAAUCUCCUGUCAGGAACACGGACGAGGCUCCCUGCGUCAAUGGCCGCUGGGGCACCCUGCGACCCAGAGCGCAGAGGCAAACACCUUCAGGAUCCCGGGAAGGCAGCCUCUCCCCGGCCAGAGGGGACAGUUCCCCUGUACUCAACGGUGGGAGUUUAUCACCCGGAGCCACAGCAGCCGGUGGUGCCUCCUUGGACAGCCCUGUGCAGGUUGUAUCACCCAGCACACCUUCCGCAGCUGAAGGAUACGACCUAAAAGUGGGGCUCACCCUGGCGCCACGACGGGGAUCGCUGCCAGAGCAGAAAGACCUACGUUUGGGAUCUGUCGAUCUGAGCUGGGAACAGAAACCGGCUUCCAUCAUCUGCCAGAUGGACGGUGUGGAGGGCAGGACAGUCGGCACAAGUGUGAGGAACCCCCCUGAGCAGACCAAUGGCAUCCACACACCACCCCACGUCGCCACCUCCCUCCCGGGGGCCGUCUCCCCCGGUGCGCUCCGGAGGAGCUUGGAGGCCGUCAAAGCCCUCUCUUCCAAAGGCUCCUCGGCUUCUGCGGCAUUGAGCCCUCCCCUGGCUUCUUCCCCGGGGUCCCCGGGUGCCGAAACGGGCUCGGCGGUGCGUCCGGGCUCUACCCAAGGUGACGGCCAUUCCUUACCUCCCAUUGCCCGCCGCCUGGGCCACCACCCUCCCCAAUCCCUCAACGUGGGGAAGCCUUUGUACCAGAGCAUGAACUGCAAACCCAUGCAGAUGUACGUGCUGGACAUUAAAGACACCAAGGAAAAAGGACGAGUCAAAUGGAAAGUGUUCAACAGCAGUUCCGUGGUGGGGCCGCCUGAAACCAGUUUACACACGGUGGUGCAAGGCAGAGGGGAGUUAAUCAUAUUCGGUGGCCUCAUGGACAAGAAACAAAACGUGAAAUACUAUCCCAAAACUAAUGCCUUGUACUUUGUGCGAGCAAAAAGAUAAUGCGGCCUGAGCCCUUUGCCGCCAUCACCUUCUUCCCUCCCUCCCCGCGGCUCUUCCCUCUCCUUUCCAAGCCCUUACUCUGUCACGCAGGCGUUCAAACUGUGAAUUAGGGAGCAAGAAACCAAUAAAGUCCAAGCAAAACCUC